CUGAGUGAAUUGCAUAUUAGUUUCGAAACAAAAGUGUCAUAACCGAGUGAGAGCGUACUCCAGGCUUCCAUAAAUUGCAACUUCAAGAUGAGUAGUACAGCAACAGUUUUUAUACUUUGCAUAAUUUCGCAAGUCGUUUUGGGAGGCAAUAUUUAUUCAGAUGACCACUACAUGCACCCCAAUUUCAAACGGCACGUCCAAAAUAAACAAGACCCUCCAUUCGAAGAUGCCGAAUUUUGGAGAAAAAACGCACAAGACGACUUGGCAAAGGAGCUUCUGAAACAGCCUAUUGAAGCCCAAGCCAAAAAUGUUAUCCUAUUUCUCGGAGAUGGAAUGUCCAUCCCUACCGUGACGGCUGCCAGAAUUUUUAAGGGACAGAAAGUUGAUGGAUUACCAUUUGGAGAGGAGGGCCAACUUCACAUGGACACAUUUCCAUUUAGCGGAACUUCUAAAACAUUUUGUAUGGACACACAAGUGGCUGACUCAGCCUGCUCGGCGACCGCUUACCUCUGUGGAACUAAGGGUCGCAUUGGAACAAUCGGGGUCACUUCGAACGUAAUGAUAUUUCAAUGUGCUAAACAAGCCGACCCUGCCAACCACGUGUCUUCCGUUCUCGCCUGGGCACAAGCGCAAGGAAAAUCCACUGGUAUCGUAACCACCACCGGCGUAACGCACGCCUCCCCCGCCGGAACGUAUGCCCACGCGGCUUUCCGAUCUUGGGAGAGUGACGCCGAUGUCCGGCUUGGUCUUGGCGACCCCAAAGUUUGCGAAGACAUUGCAACCCAACUCAUCAAACGAGAACCUGGCAUCAACAUUAACGUCAUUUUGGGCGGGGGUCGACGCCACUUUACCCCAUUCACGCAAAACGACACCGAAUAUCCGGACGAAAAAGGUCACCGUCUCGACGGAGUGAAUCUGAUCGACGAGUGGAUUUCCAUGAAAAACUCGUCCCGAGGAAGAUAUGUUUCCGGAAGGGAUCAAUUGUUGACCGUGGAUCCGGCCGAGACUGACUACCUGCUCGGCCUCUUUGCCCCCUCACACGUUUCCUACUAUGACCAACAACUGGCCAACAAUGACCCCACUUUGGAGGAGAUGACGGAAGUUGCGAUCAAAAUUUUGAGCAAGAAUCCUAACGGAUUUUUCCUCUUUGUCGAAGGGGGAAGGAUAGAUCAUUCGCAUCAUAAUAAUGCUCCUCAAAAAGCGAUGUGGGAAACGAUUGAGUUUGACAAAGCGAUUAAAAAGGGAGACGAUAUGACGGAGGAUGACGACACUUUAAUCGUAACGACGGCGGAUCACUCGCACGUGAUGUAUUUUGCUGGCUAUCCUGACCGAGGCACACCCAUUUGGAAACACUCUUCAGACCUUGCCCUGGAUGGUUUACCCUAUUCAACUCUUGGCUAUGCAAACGGUGGGAAUCGAAAUUGGCUGGACGAAACGACCAACAAGCGACACAACAUAUCUCAAGAUAACAUGGACGAUCUGAAUUAUAAUCCUCCAGUUCCUGUUCCAAUGAUUGACUCUGAAUCACACGGAGGAGAUGAUGUAGCAAUCUUUGCCAAAGGUCCAUUUGCCCACCUGUUGACAGGGGUGCAUCAGCAAAGUUAUAUUCCACACGUUAUCGGGUACGCCGCUUGCAUAGGGACAGGUCUCGGGAGUUUGAAAAUGGGGUCAAUCGGACCACCCCCCACAACGCGAAGGGGGUAUAGUCCAGAAUGCAACCUUAAUUUUCAUAUGGGGUAUCAUUUUACAGGAAAUUUCACCACGAAAUUAACGUCGUCAAUAUUUUUGACCUCAUGACCGUGAGGACGAGGUCAAAGAUGAUGAAUCACAUAAGUUUCAUGUAGUUGUGUCAUUUUAAAUAAUUUUUGCUGUUUGUAUAACGCUACUUUUUUAUCCUCGUUUACCCCGAUUUAUUAAACGACGUGCAAUUUGCAGCGUAUUCUAUG